AUGGAAGGUUACGAAUGUGGUGGUGGUUACGGAGGUGGAAGACGCGAGGGUGGAUACAAUGGUGGUGGUGGAGGUGGCUACUCCUCGAGAGGAGGUGGUGGCGGAGGAUACGUUAGGGGUGGCAGACGUGAGGGUGGGGGAUACGGAGGUGGUGAUGGUGGAUGUUACGGAGGCGGCAAUGGUGGUGGUGGUGGUGGUUUCGGUGGUGGAAGACGCGAGGGUGGAUACAAUGAUGGUGGUGGAGGUGGCUACUCCUCGAGAGGAGGUGGUGGCGGAGGAUACGGUGGAGGUGGCAAACGUGAGGGUGGGGGAUAA